CACCCACCCAGCCAGCCAGCCAGCCAGCCAGUCACCUCGAGAGCUUCCACCGGCCGGCUGGAGCAGAGUCAUACAAACGGACCCAGAGCAGUCAGAGCGACCCUGCAGCGUGUGUUUGGCUCAUCGUUCAGACGCCGGAGCUGAAGAGGAGAAUGGGACGCCGGUGUUUGGAUCAGGACUGAGACUGGUCGGCACGUUCUAGAGCUCCUCCAGCCCGUUAAGAAGUACAUUUCUCCCGGCGCAGAGUCACGUUUUCGCCGCUGACACAAUGGGCUGCUGCAGCGGACGAUGCACUCUCAUCUUUAUUUGCACUUUACAGCUGGUCUUGGCUUUAGAGAGACAGGUCUUUGACUUCCUGGGUUACCAAUGGGCCCCAAUCCUCGCCAACUUCUUCCACAUCAUCAUCGUCAUCCUUGGUCUCUUUGGCACUAUCCAGUACCGGCCACGCUAUAUAAUUGUGUAUACAGUGUGGGCUGCACUGUGGGUGGCCUGGAACGUCUUUAUCAUCUGCUUCUACCUGGAUGUAGGAGGCCUGUCUAAGGACAGCGACCUGCUGACAUUUAACAUCUCAGCUCAUCACUCCUGGUGGAGCGAACACGGGCCAGGCUGUGUGACGGGAGAGAUGCCACAGACUCCGGGGGUCCGAACCACUGAGAGCCACUCCUACAUCACUGUAAUGGGCUGCCACAUGGACUACCAAUACAUCGAGGUGGCACACAGCAGCGCACAGAUUCUUGUUGCUCUCCUGGGCUUCGUGUAUGCUUGCUACGUUGUCAGUGCUAUCACCGAGGAAGAGGACAGCUUUGAUUUUAUUGGUGGAUUUGAUCCAUUCCCACUCUACCAUGUCAAUGAGAAACCAUCUCAUCUCCUCUUAAAGCCCAUGUACCUGUCUACGUAAAUAGAAAAGAGAACGUCCAGCGGGGAGGUGACACAGCAAGUUCCCACGGAGACAAAACGGCUGUUUUGACACAAACAUCCCAGCGUGCGGGGGGGGGGACACACCAGACAUUCCUCCUCCUCUUGAUUUCGGUCCUUUAAACAUGUCAUUUACUGGUGUGCUGCCCAGAAAAAACAACACUUCUCAGUAGGGUCCAUUGUUUUCCAUAAUGGCUUCAGGAUUGAGGGAUUACAGUGAAACAAAGCCUCAUAUUUUGUAUUUAGGGACGUGUCAAUCCUUUUCUUUGUCCUGUGACCUGCCUGUACUGAUCUAAGUCCCUCUAAGAACAUGACUGUAUAGGACAUGUACAGUGUAUAAAUACAUAGUGUAUGUAAUCAGGGACUGGCCAGCGUUCCCGCUCUGUGCUGCUGCGUCUUAGAGGGCUCGGUGAUUUAGCACGUUAUUGCUGGUUUGGCUCAGAUCUUGGCCGGAGGCUGAAUUACAGUGCAGUCUGCGGAAUGAGCCAUUGUGCACUGCCUGUUUACUUUAGGCCAGGAUCUGUGUGCAUAAAUACACGAGCAAAGGCAGGAAGAGGCAGGGGAGAGGCGAGGUAGAGGGGGGGACAAAAGCACCAAACCUACAGGGGGAAUGCAUCAAAAAUAGAAAAUGUAAAUAAUGAAACAAGCAGGGGGGAGGAUUUUUAGAUUUGGAGUUUGAAAUGUGAACUAUCAUGAAUGCAAAAGCGUGUAAGAGGCUUUCAAAAAGCAGGAACAGCAUGUGAGUCGUAACUUUUAUUCCUGGAGUCCUUUUAUUGUGACUAUUUCCACCAACAGCCAAGCCUGUCGCUGUGAAGUGUCAGAUGUUUCACUAGAAGAGGGAGUUUUGUUUUCACUUCUUCUGCUGACACACACCGUGCCGCUGACAGGCGUGAUCAUUACACACUCCAGCAAAAGAUUACACAGCAUAUUUUUAACUUCAAGAAUAUGACAGAAGCUGUUUUUUUUCUUUUGACGUUGCACAAAACAAAUGUUGAGAUGUCUGGGUAUGGUCGUCUGUGUAGAAGUAGCAUGGCUGUACCCGAGUGAACCAGAGCUGUGUCUCCUGUCAGUGUACAUUCUCAGUGGUGAUAGUCUCACUUGUGAUUGUUUCAUAGCAUGUUUUUUUUUUACACGGUUUGUAUUGUAAUUAUGUGUAUAACAUAUAAAGCAAUGAGAAAGUAGGAAAACUGAUGUCUGUAUGUGAGCUGGUUAGUCACAUAAAUGUUAUUCUGACCCAGCAACAAAAAACAAGCAUCUCUAUUUAGGAUCAAGUUUACACAUGUGGGUCAUAUCUCUUAAUCUGAACGAUUUAGUAGCACUUUUUUUAACAUGGAUCUUUUAAACCUGAAGCUAGUUCAAAUGUCUGCCCUGUCGCCUUAUUUGUGUGAAUCACUACUGCCCUCUGGUGUUCAGAGCAUUCAUAUACAACUUACGCUUAUACAGGUGAGCAUUUUCAGAAAAUUUGUCUUGAAUAUUUUUUGUGUGUAAAAGCUGCAUUUCUAUCAAGUGGUCUGGUUCAGUUUGGUUUUCACUGUCAAAACUUAGAAGAGGUACCAGAAUAACUGAUUGGUACCUUCUGAUUUUGUGGCAUCUCUCUGUUGGGGUACCAAGCGUACCUAUGUGACCCGAGAAGAGUGGAGCUGGGCUGACUGAAGGCCACUGAUUAGUUUAAAAGAUUCUUCAUUUACUAUGCGACAGCUAUGAAAAUUAACAAAGACUAAGCUUGCCAUUUUUUCUGUUAAGCUGCAAGGCUGCCCAUAAGAGGAGGUGAAGGGGAAAGCCUUCUGUGGCCAAGCCAACUGGGGUACCCAUGGAGGUCAGGAAAAUCAUGAUCUAUUGUAAAGUUUAUUUGUGAUAACCAUAUUUUAGAUUUAACCUGAACAAUAACCCCUCCUACCUAAGCAACAAAAGUGAGUUUGAUUUAUUUAUGCUGUUGUACAAUAGCAUUUUUCAAAAUGUAAACCCAUUUCCUCAAAACAGAAUCACCUUUUUUGGUUAUGUUAAUGCGAAUGGGCACAUUGACUAAACCAUUUGGAAAGUAAUGUUAGACUUCAUAGCUCAACCAUCAUGUGCACAAAUGUCAGGAUACCAGAGAAUAAAGUAGAAGGAACUGUGAUAAUUUUAAGGGAAAAAUAAUUAUAAUAAUAAUAAUAAAUACAAAUAAUUGCAAAAUAACAGCAAAAAUAGUUUAAAGGUGACAGUAAUAGGCUGAAAGAGGCAAAGCUGGAAUAAAGCAGCAAAUAUGGAUUAAAAAAGAAAGAAGUGGAAAAAUUGGCUGUAAAAAGUGGUGAAAAGCAGUUAAAAGUGGCAAAAAUGGGUAAAAGGGGAAAAUAGGCUUAAAGAGGCUACAUAGGAAUAAAGCUGCAAAUAUUGGUUAAGAAAGGAAAAAGUGGCAAAAUUGGCCAUAAAAAGUGUUGAACAGUGGUUAAAAAGUGGCAAAAAUGAGAUAUAUUAGUGGCUAAAGUUGCAAAACCAAAAAUUUGGUUUGAUGUGGAAACAAAUGUGGCAAAAUUAGCUGAAACUGUGAUGAAAAGUUCUUAAAAAGUGGCAAGAAUUAAAAAUUCGAACAUCUAAACUCAAUUAUAGCUUGACACACUUUUCAUCUCUAAAUUUAAGUAACUGUUAGCAGGGACGCAAGCACCAAUUGCUACUGAUCCAACACACAAGUAUUGAUACCAUCAUGAAAUAACAGGGGGAGGGCCCAUUCUCUGGGUUUUUCAGGAGCCCAGUCAAUAAAAGCAGUUAAAAGUGGCAAAAAUGGGUAAAAGGGGAAAAUAGGCUUAAAGAGGCUACAUAGGAAUAAAGCUGCAAAUAUUGGUUAAGAAAGGAAAAAGUGGCAAAAUUGGCCAUAAAAAGUGUUGAACAGUGGUUAAAAAGUGGCAAAAAUGAGAUAUAUUAGUGGCUAAAGUUGCAAAACCAAAAAUUUGGUUUGAUGUGGAAACAAAUGUGGCAAAAUUAGCUGAAACUGUGAUGAAAAGUUCUUAAAAAGUGGCAAGAAUUAAAAAUUCGAACAUCUAAACUCAAUUAUAGCUUGACACACUUUUCAUCUCUAAAUUUAAGUAACUGUUAGCAGGGACGCAAGCACCCAUUGCUACUGAUCCAACACACAAGUAUUGAUACCAUCAUGAAAUAACAGGGGGAGGGCCCAUUCUCUGGGUUUUUCAGGAGCCCAGUCAAUUCUGUAGGCAGGCCUGCAGAGCUGAACACCUUUUCUCCCUUAUUUUGUCAUAAAGAUGCUUUUAAAGGAAAUGGUGAUUAGCCAUUUAGGAACUAAAACUGGUACUGAUUGAAUUGAUUCAGGUAAACAAACUACAUGCUGUAGUGAUGUGUUGUACAAGAAUUAGCCGGCUUUUAAGAGCUGGCUCUGUUAUGUGAAUGGCCAAUGUUCCUGUUUAAGGGGACAAUUUCCUUUUUCUAACGUUUUUUGUUGUUGUUUAGUAGACAUAAAAAGGCAGACUUAUACCAAAUGAAAAGCCUUUUUGGAGCUGAAAGAAUAACACUGAGCCAAAUAAUUCAGAUCUCUAACAGCAGAGGUGGAAAGUAACUAAUUAUGUUUACUCAAAUUGCUGUAAUUGAGUAAAUUUUUUGGGUAGUUGUACUAAUACAUUAAGUAAGUUUCAACCAGAGUAACUCUACUUUUACUUGAGUAAAAUAAUCAAGUACUUUUUCCCCUUUGUCUAAAAGAAGCCAGAAUUCCCAUCAGCCUCACUGCGAACUCUGUCUGUGGAAAUGUAACCAAAACCAUGCCAAACUGGACCACUUGAAGGAAACGCGCCAAAAGAGUAUGUACUUUUUCACUGGAGAGCUAGUCAUUGUCAAAACAAAUGAGACAAAGAUCUUUGGUAGCCACUGCACAUAAAUCCAGGAUGUUUUCUGUAUUCCUCUGUAUGCUUUGUCUAAAGUGGUGAGUUUGAAAAUGUCUGUCUACUUUAUUUUAAUCAGAAGAAAAAAGUUCUGUUUCUACUGUGUCUGCUUGUCAGCACCUAAAAAUACUCUUAAAGGUGUUGUUUUUCCUUUGUGAUAUGAAAAGUUCUUCACUGCCACAUAAACAGUUACGAUCUGUUAUGAACAUGAAAAUCUUCUGAUCGUUUUUCUCAGCUUAUGUCAGAAUAAUGAGAGUGAGCUAUUUUGGGUUUGAUUGGUCACCUCUCUGUUGGCGAGAUGCAAUAAUUAAAAUGUCAUUAUUGUUUUUAUCAUUUAAAGUUUACACCGUUCUUAAAGGCCUAAUGGUGUGUGCGUUAGUAUAAACACAGAGCACCUCAUACUGUAACAUUAUCAGUGUUAGUAGUAAAUGCUACUAAAAAUGCCAUGUAGUCUUCCUCUGAGUGCAAUACAGCCUCCUCUGAAGCCCUGGAAGUGGAGUUAGUUGACGCUGUUACGGUUGUGUAUGUGUGUGCUAGUCCCACUGCAAAGUUCCACCUGUUUGUAGAUUAUUCAUUUUCUUUGUAUGGAAAGCAGAAAACAAAUCUCUUUUAUAUAUUUCUUUCUUUUGUAUUUUGUGUUUGUGUCACCCCUACGGGACCUGAUUGUGUAAUGUUAUUUAUCCUGAACUGUGCUUUGGUGUCUUGUAAAUAGGUGUUUGUUAAUAAAAGAAUGUGAUCUUUUA